ACACCCAAGUAAAAACGAAUGUGUCACAUGUUGCUUUCAUUUUUAAUUUACAGUGACGGUAACAUCUGAGACCCCAUGGAUCAGCAGCGUAUUACAAACAUGACGAUUAAACUCAUGGUUCUUGCCUUGUACUGUAAAGGUUCCUUGGCUGAGAUCACCAGAGAGCUCAGUGUCUUAGUGGGCAAUGAGGUAACGCUCAGCUGCAUGUUCGACACACCGCAUAAGCUAGUGGAGUGGAGUGCUCUUAGUAUUGAAUGGAACAUGGUGGACAAACACGCAAAGAAGAGCAUGGUGUACACGCUGGAAGAUGGAAGAGCUCAUGUGUACAAAGAAGGCUCUGUGGUGAAUGAAACGUGCCUGCGUCAGAGUGAUGCGUCGCUGCAGCUUCAUAAUGUCACUGUAGGAGAUGAAGGACUGUACACCUGCAGAGUCAUCAACCCUCUGAUCUACACAGAGUCCACUGCUCUGAAAGUGCUCGCUCUGCCUUCAGUGUUGCUCCCAGAAAAGGCAACAGUGAGAGAAGGACAGGAGAAAACCAUACAGUGUGAUGUAACAGGUUUCUACCCAGAGAAAGUGGCUGUGACGUGGCUGAUCCAAAAUGGCACCCAGACCAUCCAUGCAGGGUUGGGCCAACUGUCCCGUGUAUGCAAUGAGCUGGCUGUACACAAUCCAGAUGGCACCUACAGCAUUCGUAGUGGCAUCACGCUGCACUCCUCAGUUCUAAGGGGUGGAGAAAUACAUGUCAUCUGCCAAGUUGAGCACCAGACCUACAAUGGUCUGUACAACCGAUCUGUAACACUGGCUGUUCAAGCUCCAUCAGAGCCGCUUCACAGUACAGCCACUGUGAUAGCUGUUACAAGUGCAAUAACUUUGCUACUGGUCACCUGUGUUACUGGAGGAUCUUUAUAUCUCUACAGAUAUUUUUACAAAGUUCCAUUUAAUGUUUCGGAAAUCAGUCAGCCCAACAUCAUAUACGCUCAGGUACCCACAGAACUGAAGUGCACCAUUCAGGGAGCCACAAGGUGGGAGCUCAAAGUGAAAUGGUUUAAACAAAGAACCAGUCCAGACUCAGUGAUUCAGUCAGAGUCAGGUUCUUCAGAUUCCCUGCUGGAGACUGAGGAUCUCAGCGAACGGGCUAGUCUGCAGUCAGAUGGCAAAAAUCACACAUCUCUCCUGCCUGUAUUUCUGACUGUUACUGAAGACCAAACCAAAUACCAGUGUGUAGUGUGGUGCAAGGACAGGAGCUUCAGAAGGGAGACCACAGUCAAGGUUAAAGUGGAACCAUCUUUUCUUAAGAUCUCCAGCAUUCCUCAGAUCCCAAAGGUGGAGAGGCUGCUGGUUCUUUGCUGUCGCGUGGAGAACUUUUACCCCCAGGACAUCGACCUGGAAUGGUACAGGAAUGAUGGGGAGAAGGUCCACCUCGUCACUCACUUUGGCCCCUUCUCUGACCAGAGCCGCCUCUACAAUGUGUGGAGUAAGAUCGAGCUCAUCAUGGCCAUAGAGGAUGAGAGGGCCAUGUACACUUGCCGUGUUUACCACUCCAGCUUCCAAGCUCCGGGGUACAAGGAUGUCUUUUACCACAUCAACACUCAAGGAACCCCCCCUGAUGUGAUGUUCAUCAACCACGAACCUCAGUGUCCUAAAGUGAAUGAAGAGUGUACUUUGCACCUGCACAUAAAAGACUUUUGUCCUGAGGAGGUGUUGGUGACAUGGACUAAAGAUGGAGACAAGGUUGUCUCUGGUGUCUUUAAUACUCCCCCCAGCCUGAACGUCAACGGCCUGUACUCCAUGUUCAGUUUCCUCAAACUCAAUCCCACCAAGAAUUACCAAGGCUGCACAUUCAAAUGCCAGGUGGUUCAUAGUGCUCAGAAGGAGCCUGAGGAAAGGCUCUUCAUAUUUCCAAAACUCUGCCUGACAGACAGCUGUUGAUGUCUAAACCUACUUUGGACCAUUUCACAUCUGGGGAGUAAAUAAUUUUAGUUUUAAUUCUGCAGUUCUGCUGACUACAAAACUGUAAAACAGAAAACAAAAAAAAUUGAAAUGCUUUAGUUUGAUAUCUGCAAAUUUUAUCCUGCCUGAAUAUCACUUUAGGUUAAACAGGCUGGGUUAUCCACAUUUAAGACUGCUAUAAACCUUUUCUGACAAUCUUAAAGACCACGUGAUGCCCUCUGGAUAAUACAAUAGCCAUUUCAUUAUUAUUUUUUGUUUUUAUCACACACAAUAUUGUAUUUCAUAUAGUUAACAGUGUCAGUUAACUAUUAAGCCAUUAAACUAACUCUUCUAAGGUGAUGCUAGGCGCUCUACCUUCUAAGCUACCUGCAGAGUUAGUGCAGUCAGUGCACACGCUGCUUUGAAUUUACUCUAAGUUUUGAGUAACCUUGGUUUCAUUGCUAUAUGUUCCUAUAUGUAUUCUAAUUGCUGCAUAUUUUUUUGUUCUAUUUUUUUGUGCAGAACAUUUUUAUUUGUAUAGCAAACUGUAGUUUGUAGUUGCAAACAAUUUCAAGUUUUGUUACAAAGAUUGUUGAGAGAGGGACAAUUGUUUUGUUGUUGUUUUCUAUUAACAGAAUUAAAUGU